GCCAGUAUAGCCUAGAGGGAGGAGACAAAUAACAAGGAAAUAAUGAGGGCUCUAGUAGAAAAGUAUUUUGCACAAAGAGGUAAGGAAAGGAACUACAGAGAAAGUCACAAUCUCUUUUGAAUGAUGAGGGUUUGCCAGGUGGAAGGGGAAAGGGGUCCCAGAGGGAAGCAGAGCUUGGUUCCAGGAAGAACUGCAAAUAGGAUGUGACUAGAAAAUAGGGCAUAAAUCCUGCCAGAACUGAGGCUGGAGAGAUGGGCAGGAGCAAGGGGUGGUGGGUCCUCGCUAUACCGUGCUUAGUAGCUUACCUUCUGAGCCAUAGGAAGCAAGAUGAUUAGCUUUGUGUUUGAGAAAGAUCACUCUGGAAGCAGCCUAGAGAAUGAAGUAGGGGAAGGACUAUUUUGGAGACUUGGGAUAGAAUCUCAGGCAGAACAUAAGGAAGGCUUGGACUGGAACAAUGGAGGCUGGAGAGAGAGACAUGGAUUUGAGAAAGUUUAAGGAGGUAGAAUCCGCUGCACUGGGUUGGCAUUUGAGUGAGAAUAAAAAGGGAGGUGUCAAAAAUGUUUCCUGAGUGUCUGGCGAGGAGUCUUACGCAAUUAAUUCGUGGUGGCACCUACUAUGGGAGGUAGGUGCGCGCAGAGCGACUGCGGGCGGCUGAUGGUUCAGCCCUUGGCCGGCGGGAUUGGACACGUGAGUUGAGAAAUCAGUCUGGGAUCACUCUUCUAAACAGAGAAGAGGGGAAGAAAAGGGAAGCUGAGAUUGAGAGGUUUUCUUGUCUCUUAGUAACUAACAUUGCACCCGUGGCUCAUCCCCCAGGGUUCUACCUAAACGUCCCGGGGCAUUUGGCGGAAGCUCUCUAGGUCCCGACCCUGCGAACGCUGGACCAGCAGAGGGCGCCAGGUGGGCCGCGGCCCCAGCCCCAGCCCCAGGGCGGCGUUAUGGCCGCCGCGCGGGUGCUGCUGCUCCUGUCCGGGCGCGCGGAGUCGCCGAGCUUCGCCCAGAGUGUGUGUGGCCUCCUGGGCGCCGGGCCAGGGCUCGGGCCGUGGCCCACGCACUGCGGCUUGAAGCGAGGACGACUCGUCCUCUCGGACGGGCCAUUCCCAGGCUCCUCGGCCAGGCUUCCGCUCCAGCGACCCCCUUUCUGCCCUUUUGCGGCCCUGGACCAGCAGCUCAGGACUCCGGGGGCCCAGCUGCCCAGCAACCGAGGUGUGGAUCUGGGUGUGGCCGUCCUUCUGCAGUCCAGCGACCAGUCUGUCUUGUUAACGCGCAGGACACGCACCCUCAGCGUUUCUCCCAACCUCUGGGUACCCCCAGGUGGGCACGUGGGACUUGAUGAAGAGCUGUUGGACGGAGGGCUGCGAGAGCUUCAGGAGGAGACUGGACUACAGCUGCCCCACGGCCAGUUCUCUUGGGUCCCUCUGGGGUUAUGGGAGUCUGCCUACCCUCCUAGGCUGAGCUGGGGUCUCCCCAGAUACCAUCACAUCAUUCUCUAUCUACUUGUGGUCUCCUGGGAGUCACAGCAGCAGCUGCAGGCCCGGAUCCAACCAAACCCGAGUGAGGUGAGCGCCUUUAUGUGGCUGGGACCAGAGAUAGCAGCUGCCGUGGCUGCUGCAGAGGAUGGGACAGAGACACCCACACAUCUUCCCCGGGACCUACCACCCUCUGUCCUUACAGUGGAACUAGGGGAGGACGAAAGAGCUCGACCCCUGGCCUUGCCCACAUCCACGCUGCUGCGGACGACCCCGACCACAGCAGAAGGCAACGAGAGGGUCAGCGCUGGGACCAAGUUUGCCCUCAGGCUCUGGCUGCAGCAUCUGGGCAGGUCCCCACCACCCACCCCCACCAGGGCCUGCAAGCAAGAACGGAACCUGGGACCCCUUCCCCCACUUGCCCCAAACCAGGGAUCUGGAGAGUGAGGUGUGGAACUCCCUCCCCAACCCCCCUCCGAGACAUUCACAGAACAUUCACAACCUUUAUUGUGGAUAAGAACUUUGCUACAACUUUGGGAAUAAAAAGUAAAAUUACAA